CGACCCCGUCUUUAGCCCCCACACCCCCGCCUAAACUCAUGGGCCUCGUUAGCAUAUCACGUGCCCCGGAGCCUGGAUCUUAAUGAACUGGACGCCCGGGCCCUUCCUGCGCAUGCGCUCGCGUAAAAAUGCACUUGGAAAUGAGGCGUCUGUCUUGGAGUAGUCGACUUUUAAAAAGCAUCGGGAGCCCUUGAUAUGACGACUUCGUUGGUCCUGCAUUCACGCUGGGCGGACACCUUGAUGUACAUGUAUGAAAAAAGCCCGAAUGAAAACAAUCAGAAUAAAACUCAAGCCAUGGAGGGACUGAGCGGGAACUGCCCCGCUGCCCACUGCAGGGACCUUAUCUCACACCCAGCGCUGGGGCGGCAUUCUGGCAGCAUAACUACACACCAGGGUUCCGUGUACUCGGAUAUAUCCUCCUCGGACGCCGGUCGACAGUGCCCUGCUCCCCAGACAUCUUCAAGCACUUCUCUGGGCUACGGCUAUCCGUUUGGAAGCCCCUAUUAUGGGUGCAGGUUGUCUCACUCGCACAACGUAAACUUGCAGCAGAAGCCCUGUUCUUACCACCCAGCAGAAAAAUACGCCGAGCCCAGCAGCGCGUUGCCCACAGAAGAACUCUCCAGCAGGGCGAAAGAGUUUGCCUUCUACCCCAGUUUCGCCAGUUCUUACCAGGCUGUCCCGGGUUAUCUAGACGUGUCGGUCGUUCCAAGUAUUAGCGCACACCCAGAACCACGGCACGACGCCUUGAUUCCAAUGGAAGGCUACCAGCACUGGGCUCUUUCUAAUGGCUGGGAUGGGCAGGUGUACUGCUCGAAGGAGCAAACACAGUCAGCUCAUCUCUGGAAGUCGCCAUUCCCAGAUGUAGUUCCUCUACAGCCUGAAGUCAGCAGUUACCGCCGCGGCCGGAAGAAGCGAGUCCCGUACACUAAGGUUCAGCUGAAGGAGCUGGAAAAAGAGUACGCUGCCAGCAAGUUCAUCACCAAAGACAAGCGAAGACGCAUCUCCGCCGCAACCAACCUCUCGGAGCGCCAGGUCACCAUCUGGUUCCAGAACCGGCGUGUGAAGGAGAAGAAAUUCGUCAGCAAAUCCAAGACCAGUGCCCACAUGCACACAACCUGAUACCUUCAAACCCCGUUUGACCCCCCACUCAGAUCGCUCUGAUAAAACUCUGUAUUUAUAUGGUAUCAAAAUCACAUACGGAGAACAUUUCACGAUAUCAUUUUAUUCAACACCGUCGCCUUCUUUAGAGAAAAUAUUAUAAAACUGUGAAACAUCGUAAGAAAUCAGCUCAACAUUGUCUUUUAUAUGAAUGUGUAAAUAAAUAUAUAUAUAAAUAUAUAUAUAAUAUUUAAAAUAAUCUCUGUAUUUCAAACAGACACGUGAAUAAUGUACUUUUUCUUCUGAAUAGCGACUUUUUUUCUUCCCAGAUCUUCGUUCUCGUGCAGGUGUACAAACAAACAAGAUUUAAGAAAUGAGACAGGAUGUAAUUGAUAGAUAAGCUUUGCUGAGAAAUAAGGAGAGCAUCGUAAGCGAACAAUAAGGACACUGAAAGUUAUGAACAAUAUUAGGUAUUUCUUUCCGCCACGGAUACAGUAUGGUCUUCAGAGGAGGAUGUAUCAAGCAAAGGCCUAGUUUAAAAACUUAAAUAUUUAAAACGCUUACAUUUCUACUUUUUAAUUGGUGCUUUCAUACAUUGGGUAAAAAAGGCUCUUGUUAAAUUGUACAGUGCCAUGCCUUUCAUUAGAAUUCUUUCUUUUACAUUGGAAUAUACAAGAACUCCACAUUUUGUUCCUUUGUCAGUGAAGGAUGUGUCUCUGCCUAGCAACCGGAAUGUUUGUAAGCAGUUAAAGUAAGUAUAACACAUUAAUGCACACCUCUUUAUCUCUCAAUUUUAUUUGUAAAUAUCUUAAAGAAUUCGAGCUAUUUGCGCGCCUUGUAAGCGGUCCACUCCCCUUGUGCAGUCUGUGAACUGUGUUGUGCUGUUUGGUUAAUACGUACUGAAUGGAAACGUGUUUCUAUAAAUAAACAAUAAUAAUAAUGA